AUGACGGAAGUCUGCGUUUUGCUCACAGCUCACAACGCCUCUUUGUUUACUGUAUUUCCGAUGUCGAGUCUACCUGCUGCUGCAGCGACUGUAUUUCCUAGAGCCAGAUUUGGUCCCCCCGCGGUCGGGUCGAUUAUUGUGUCGGAUCCGCUUUGCUCCGAGUCAGUACCGACCGACAGCUCAGAGAUGGAAAAUGUAGAUAUGAGUUCGGAGGUGCAGUCUCGGUUAGCUGCGCUGUCCGUCUCCUCCUUCCCAGGAAUAACUUCGGAGAGCUGCCAGCACGGCUCCCAGGAGAGACUUCAAAGCACUGAGACAUUACAGCCUCCUGAGAGCACCUGCAGCACUGAGCAGCAAACCACCGAGGUGAAUGAUCCGAGUCUAUUCAGCCAGCCACAGCUCUCUGCAGAGAAGACCCAAGAAGGCCGUGCCAGCUCCAGUCACCCGCUCACCACCCAAAAUUCCCUCGGUGACUCCGCGGUGAUCCACUCAGACCACAAUGGUGUGGCAGAAGCGGGACCCGAGGCUCCGUUAGAGGAUGAGAAAGUUCAGUUGCCCCCACUGGCACCCCCCUUGACCUGGACCUUACCGGUCAUCAAGGAGUUCAAGGCGAAGCUGCGACUGGAGGAGGCGGCGGUGCUGACGGUGUACCGCGGAGACGUGGUGACGGUUCGUGUGCCGACUGUCCCGGAGGGGAAGCGGCUGUGCUGGGAGUUUGCCACCGAUAACUACGACAUCGGCUUCGGGAUUUACUUCGACUGGAUGCCUGUGACGAGCCGAGUGAUCACUGUGCAGGUCAGCGAGUCGAGCGACGACGAAGACGAUGAAGGGGAGGUGGAAGGCUCUGUAAGUUCAGGAGAUAUAGAAAGUGGAUCGAAAGCCUGCCCUGUCUCUCACCUAGGUGAGAUUUUACCAGUGUACCGACAAGACAGCCACUUAGCGGUGCAGGCUGGCCAUCACGAAUACCCUGGUGAAGGAAUGUACCUGCUCAAGUUCGACAACUCCUACUCGCUGUGGAGAAAUAAAACUCUUUACUACCGUGUAUAUUACAGUGAUUGAGACCAGAGCAGCGGAUUGAUGAUGAAUGUUUUGAAAGAUCUAUUUUUAUGUGUCGUGAAAUAGCGUGUAUGAAGCAGGGGUAGGUGCAGUGUAUAUUUUGUUUUAAUUUCUCAAAUAAUUGUUGUGAUGGUAUAUUACCGUAACUGUACUAGAGACUUCAAAUAGAACCACAAAGUUGAUCUGAUAUAGGAAAUCAUUGCUGUUUUUAGAAACAGCUUUCAGAAGUAAAUGAUUAUCCUGCUAGAUCAGUAUUUAGUCUAGAGACCCGUGUCCUCGGUUUCAGUUUUGCGCUAAUGAGACAGAUCCUGACUGCAUAAACAGGGUUGGUUUGACACGUCUGAGCUGCAGAGGAAGGAAAGGCUUCUGCACACAGCAUUCAUUAGCACACUCAAGAGCUAUAGAACCUGAGAGGCUGUGAUGGAUUUCUUCUUAUUUUUAUAAUGUUUGCAACCCCCCCCCCCCCCCCCCCGAGAGGUUUUCAAUGGCUCUACUGAAAUACUGUGUUUUUGUUUGUUUUGUUAGAUCUCUGUUAAAGUAUCUAUCUGACUAUGAGUUCAGGAGCUCCUCUUUAGGUUUGCUUGCCUGCUGUAGACUAUGUAAUUUAGGCUAGAUCGGCCAAUGUGCCUUUAUAUAAGACAAUACCAGCACCCUCUGUUGCACAGCAAUGGAUUUUCAGCAAAACAAAAGGAAACUUGAUCCAUUGUAGCAGAUUACAAGAUGAUGCUGGGUCUUCUUUUUAAGAUGACGAUCUGUCUAUGUUACAAAUAUUUAUGGCAGACUUACCAAAAAAACCCACAGUAUUUAAAUACCGUAUUCCUUUGAAUUUAAGACGCAGCCCAAAUUUCCCACCCUCAAUUUGAGGAAAAAAUAAAACAUCAAAUAAAUAUGCAUUUACAAAGAUACAACCUCAAUUACGCAUAGAGGCAGUUUGCAGCCGUCUGCUGUCACACAGAGCAUUACAGUUAUGUGCUGCUUCUCAUUUCCAGUCGUGAUUACUCACACCUGUUUUUCUCCCAGUUUGUGAACUGUGGUAUUGCUUGGCAUGUCGAAAAAUAUGGGGGUCUGAUCAGCAUUUCCGAUCUGUCCAAGCUGGUACUGUUUGUUAGAAACACUGAAAUUCCACAGGAAGCUAAUGGUGCUUCUUUGAAAAUGACUGCGUGUAUGUCAUGGAUGAUUCGAGAUCGGGUAGUAACAUUUUGGUUAAUCUUUUCUUGGCAGUAAGUCACGUUGCUGUUGUACUCGGGUAGUCAGGUCUUUUGUUGCCGAUUUUAAUAUAUGCAUAACUGUACUCGAAAUUAAGACACAGGCUAUUUUCGAGAAGCGAAAAAUGACUCAAAAAGUGCAUCUUAAAUUCGAAGGAAUAUGGUAAUUGCAAUGAGAACCACUAAGAAUAAAAAGGAAAGGGUAAGAAAACAGCAUUAGAAGUGAAGUAAUAGGAUGCCUCUGUAAGGUGACCCCCUCCAUAGUGGUCUGACCUCAAACCAGACUUGCAUUAGUUAGCAAUCUGAGGUGUUUAUUUAAUGAUUUCUGGGCGUGCAUGCUUGUUUCAUUGAUUUAAUGCUGCUGUACAGAAAGUACUUUUUUUUUUAACCAGUGAGAUAUUUUAAUUAGGCCUACAAAUUCAUGGUUUAAAAACUGCUUCUGUCAAAUCUGAGAGAAAAGAGAGAAGUCCCCUGUCCAUCUAUUCCAUUUAUGCCACUUUUCAAUACAAACCUCAUAACAUAUUAUUAUUUUAUUUUGUUUGUAUGCUUUCAUAACUGAAUAAAGCACCCCAUUGCACUGUUUUUUAAUUUGGAAGCCAACAAAAGAAUCCUCUCAAUUUGUUGCAUAAAAUCAUACAGCUAUAUCUCCUGUUCCUUUCUCUUCAGCUGCUGUUACCAAGCUUGCCAUUCAGCGAAUUCAAGCUUUUUAACAGGCGUUCACCAACAGCAGGACACCCUGUUUCUGUGUAUGCUCUUUUUGGCAUUGGGGGUGCAGGCUAUCCUUUAAUUUGUUGUGUGUUUCUUUUUAAGUUAUUAUUUAUAAAGAAAGCCUAUUUAGAGAACCCAGAUACUGUUACCCUUCUGUGUAUACCUCUGUGUUUUUGUCAGUCUUGCGAUGUUUCUAGAAGAUGAUAUUUGGUAUAUAUAUGGGGCCUUAUUUUCAAAGCAUUUACUCCAGUCCUGAAUUUUACAAAACUAGACCCAAACAACUAUGCUAUAUAUUGCAAGCCCUUUGAAGCACUCUCAAGGUGUCUUUGUUUCUCAUUUUAUAACAUUAACAUGAAUUUCUCCUUUAAAAAAAAAUAGGAGUUAAUUAAAGAAUGAAGGAAUCCUUUUGAAAAUAUGGCCCAUAAAGUGUCUGGUCAUUGAUGCAUUUUAACCAAAUUGAAUGCAUUUAGUUAGAGAAGAGAAUAUGUGGUUUCCAAAUACAUACAGAAGCAAAAGACUUCAAAUAUCAGUCAAGCUUCAAAAUAUCCCUCUAUAAAAUCCCAGGCUAGUGUUGACUGUGAUUUCUAUGAAACCCUAAACAAGCCAUCUGUUACCAGUUCUUUGAUUGAAUCUGCUAAUAUGAAAACUGUUAGCUUUGUACUAUAAUAUGUUAUAUUCCAUCUUGCAGUACAAUGAAUCGUUCAAAAUAUAUACAUUAAGGUCAAUAUGCAUUAAUAAAACUGUAUGUUGUGUUUGAACUGUUAAUAUAAGAUGAUUAUUACUAGCCUGGCACAUUAUAACCAAAAUAUGUUUGUUUUGUUUAUUUGAAUAUACAUUAAAGCACUAAAUGAU